ACACAGACGAUAAACAAUGUAAUUUCAUCUCUGCUCCGCAUAAUUUCCCCAAUGUCGCAACUUCAUCUCCACCAUCUUUCUCCUCCCGAAUCUUCUCUCGGCAGAUGCUAUAGUCUCCGGCCUCUUCCUUCUUUCCGCCGCCGUCGGGUAGACGUACCUCCGGCGAGACCGGUGAGUAGCUGUCGGCUCUCUCGCAGUGUAGUGCCCAACUCCGUGUUUCGCGGUCCCGCCGUCGCCAGGUGUCGGAGGACCAUUUGCAGGCUCAGCGGAUCCGAUAUUACACCACAAUUGGAGCUCGGUAAACCGGAGGAUAGACAGAAACCGCAGAAGCGGGUCAGCGGCAUAUUUUGGAUCAUACUUCUUAAUCUUGGCAUAUAUGUAGCAGACCAUUUGUUUCAGGUUCGCAUCAUCAAAUCUCUGUACUUAUAUCACAAUUGGCCGGCCUGGUACCAGUUUGUGACAGCAACUUUCUGCCAUGCUAACUGGAAUCAUCUCUCGAGCAAUCUUUUCUUCCUGUACAUCUUUGGUAAGCUCGUUGAAGAAGAAGAAGGAAACUUAGGUUUGUGGCUCUCUUACUUGUUCACUGGCGUUGGAGCAAACCUGGUUUCUUGGUUAGUUCUACCGAGAAAUGCAGUUUCUAUUGGAGCCUCGGGUGCUGUUUUCGGCUUAUUUGCAAUCAGUGUCCUUGUUAAGAUGUCUUGGGACUGGAGGAAGAUACUCGAAGUGCUUAUAUUGGGUCAAUUUGUUGUAGAGAGGGUAAUGGAAGCGGCUCAGGCUUCAGCUGGAGUAUCAGGAACUGUAUACGGAGGCUACUCUCUGCAGACCGUGAAUCACAUUGCGCAUCUCUCUGGCGCUCUUGUAGGCGUUGUCUUAGUAUGGCUUCUCAGCAGGUUUCCAUCCGAACCUACAGAUCAAAAGGUGAAAAAACCCCACAGAAGAUGAUGGUGGGAAUGUUGAAUUGAAACCUUAUGGCCAGGCCAGGUACAUAUUUACUGUCUUUUAGAUAUUAUCUCAAGAACGUGUGGAAUUGAUGAAUGGGGGCACUAAACCCGCUUCUUGCAAGCACUAAUUCUUCUGCAGAAUGUAGAUCCUCGUCAUUGGAACUUAUUUAAGAGGAAUUGAAUGCCCACUGACAAGAACUACACUGUAAUCAAUCCUUUUGAAUGUACACGACAAAGAUCUUUCAUGGGAUUAACACUAUCAGAAGAAGAGAGUCGAAUCUGCCAUGGACAUAGAAGACAACUGGGUGAAGCUGGUUUUGUCCUUCAGUUCAGACAAAACUGUACAAGCUGGCUGCUAAAUUGAUCUGGAGCCCCUUUAGUUUACACUUUACAUGUUUGAAUCGUUCUUUACGCUGUCU